AAUAGAUACUCCGUAUUAGGCAUCUAAAUACAGUGUAUUAAAGAAAUAAAAGAAGAAAUAAAAGAAAACGCCGGCUGCGGAAGUGCGGAACAGAAGAGGGAAAGUAGGGAAGAAGCGGCAGGCAGCACCGCCUCUCCGCCAGCACCGCCACUCCGCCACUCCGCCAAGCUCUAGCAUGUCUCACCUCGGACGCCCGGUCACCUGCACUCCGCCACCCCCUUCGGCGAUUCGACCAAUCGGCCCUUCUCAAUUUUCACCUUCCCUUGUUACGCCGCGCAGGAGAUCUCUCGGAGGUGACAGAAUCCGUAUCAAGGAACUUGCUCGCGAAGGACAUUUGUGCUUCUGCACAGAAUAUAUUUGGCUGCUGUGUUCUGAAUACUGUGUGAUUUUGAUUGGGCCGAGAGGACUGAUUAGCCAUGGGAGAAAGAAAGGUUUUGAACAAGUACUACCCUCUGGAUUUCGAUCCGGCGAAGAUUCCACGCCGUAGGCAGCCGAAGAAUCAGCAUAUGAAGGUCCGGAUGAUGCUCCCAAUGAGUGUUAGGUGCAGUACUUGUGGCAAUUACAUAUACAAGGGCACCAAAUUCAACUCACGCAAAGAAGGCGCCCUGGGUGAGACCUAUUUGGGUAUACAAAUAUUCAGGUUCUACUUCAAGUGCACAAAGUGCUCUGCGGAGAUUGCAUACAAGACAGAUCCAAAAAAUUCCGAUUAUGUUGUUGAGUCAGGUGCAACCAGGAACUUUGAACCUUGGCGAGACCAAGAUGAGGUUUUGGAUAAGAGAAACAGAAAAGGGAGGCUGAAGAAAUGGGUGAUGCUAUGAAAUCUUUGGAAAAUAGGACCCUGGAUUCAAAAAGAGAAAAGGAUAUUCUCGCAGCUUUGGAUGAAAUGAAAUCCAUGAAGUCAAGGCAUGCAACUGUGAUUGUGGAUGCAAUGCUUGAUGUUCUGAGAGACUCUACCGAGGAAAAGGAAAGAAAAAAGGAGGAAGAAGAGGAAGCUCUUAUUAAAUACUUAUUCAAAGGAGAGAGAGAGAAGUUCAUAAAACUAAUCCGUGAUGAAGAUAUCGAAGAUGAGGACGAAGAUGAUGAGGAUAUAGAUGUAGUUAAACAUAAAAGUGGAGAAUCAUCAAUCAAUUUUCUUAAGAGAAAGCUGCCAGAAGAAAUAAGCAGUAAUCCUACAGAUGUCUUUGCAAAAUCCAUUGCCAGUGACGGAAAAGAUAAAGCAGUGAGAAAAGGGGAUUCCAGUAAAGAGAAUUAUUUUCAAAUCAUCAUCAGUUAAAGUGGCUAUUGUGAAGAAGCAGCAGCCAAGGGAGCCAACAAGCCUGAAAAGCAAUGUAUUAGGAUCAUUGUGUCAAGAAUAUGAAAGUGAUGAGGAUUAUUAGUUGGUCCUCUGCAACACUUUCUCAAAACCGGACCAGGAAUACCGGCUCUGCCAAUAUCAUCUCUCUUUCCUUUCCUAUAUUUCAUGGUUAGAGAUUUUAACAUUGCAGAAAGAGAGGAAGAUAUUAGUUAUUAUGCUGGAUAUGUCGGCUCAUCAUUCAUGCUGGGAAGAGCUUUGACAUCUGUUCUUUGGGGUAUCAUUGCAGAUCGAUAUGGCAGAAGGCCUGUCGUUAUGAUUGGCACACUUACAGUGGUUGUAUUCAAUACCCUUUUUGGCCUAAGUUCAAACUAUUGGAUGGCAAUUGUUACAAGAUUUCUUCUUGGAAGUUUGUGUGGAAUAAUUGGUACCAUGAGGGCAUAUGCUUCUGAGAUUUGCCGGAAAGAGUAUCAUGCUUUGGGCAUAUCUGCUGUGAGCACAUCUUGGGGUAUAGGUUUGGUGAUUGGUCCUGCUAUUGGAGGUUAUUUUGCACAGCCUGCAGAGAAGUACCCAAACAUAUUUUCAGAAGAGUCAUUUUUUGGGAAAUUCCCUUACUUCCUGCCUUGCCUUAUGAUAUCUGUGAUUGCAUUGGUUGCGUCAGUCGUUUCCCUUUGGCUUCCGGAAACGAUGCACACUCAUACGAAAGGAAACAAACAGGGAGAUGUUUCCAUGUAUCCUAAACAAGAGGCUCCAAGUUCACAGAAAAGCCUUAUGAAGAAUUGGCCCUUAAUAUCAUCUAUUCUUGUCUAUUGUGUUUUCCAACUUCAUGAUAUAGCCUAUUUGGAGAUCUUUUCUCUGUGGGCUGUUAGUCCAAGAAAGAUUGGGGGGUUGAGCUUUACAACUGCAGAUGUUGGUCAAGUCUUGGCUAUUACAGGCAUGGGACUUUUACUCUUUCAGCUUUUCAUUUAUCCGUUGGUGGAGAAGCCGCUUGGGCCUGUCAUGAUAUCACGCAUUGGAGCAGCUCUAAGCAUACCAUUGCUAUCAAGUUAUCCUUACGUAGCUAUGUUAUCGGGUUUGGGGCUCUCCCUAAUCCUUAAUUGUGUGUCGAUGCUUAAGAAUGUCCUAUCUGUAUCGAUCACUACGGGGUUAUUAAUACUUCAGAACCGGGCAGUUUGUCAGGAGCAGAGGGGAGCUGCCAAUGGGAUUUCAAUGUCUGCAAUGUCACUUUUUAAAACAAUUGGUCCUGCAGCUGGUGGUUCUCUAUUAUCAUGGUCACAAAGGCGACAAGAUGCCAAAUUUAUGCCAGGGGAUCAACUGGUUUUCUUCGUCCUAAAUGUGAUUGAGUUGCUGGGGCUGGUUAUGACCUUGCGGCCGUUUCUCCGUCUACCAGACGAAACUUCGGAUUUAAAACACGAUGAGGUGGGCCAAGAUAACGAUGCACAAGAGAUAAUUCCAUUGCCUGAACUACCGUAGUUCUCGAGAAAUAAUAUGGACUUUUAGAUGACCCCGUUAUAAAGUCAUACGAUAUACAAUAUAUGUCAUCGGUGCAUCACCACAACCAUUCAUUUUCACGAUACGAUCAUCUAUUGUAAUCUUACUAUAAAAUAAACAACUUUUACAAAGCCAUAUACGAAGUAUACUCUAUUGGCUUCUCCGGUACAGAGACCCUCGCUCUUUGGUCCGGAGCAGUUCUGUCCGAAGAGACCCAUGCGGCCUUUUGGUUCCGGAGCGAACAGAACACCUCAAGGUAUUCUGUUGGGGAGCGACCAGAGAAUGUAUUCUGUUGGGCACAACAGAACCCCUAAGCCUUUGUUGCGUUUAACAGCUUCCUAGAUUUUUUGUAGUAAAUUCACGCUAGAAGCCUUAUUAAUUGGUGCAUGGCAUAUGCCAAGAGCUUUUAGGUUUCGUAUUCGUUCCUUCUUUAG